AUGGGUCGGAUGCGGCUAUCGGAUGAAAGUGAUGGAAGCGACGGUGGAAAUGAGUGGAGAUGGAAUGAUGAAGGACUCGAGAACUUGUGGAAGAGGACUCGAGGUUGCGAAAGUGGAACGAUGGAAGUGAAGCGAGGGGGAAACGAUAAGUGGAUCGAGUCACGACACAAGAGGUUUGGCUCUCCUCUUGAUACGGUCACUAACAAGGUCGAAACCAGUUUGAGGCUUCCAAGAUGGCAAGAUCAAUCGGACAAUCGGAGGGGUAUAAUUAUGAGACGUUGCCUGAUAUAUGUCACCUUCACGAUCGUCGGAAAGGCUUUCGUCCUCACACCGAAUGAUAGAGUGAAGAAAUCAGAAAAAGAGAGUCAAUGCACGAGUAGAUUCGUGGGGAUAGAAGAUGGGAAAAAAGUGCAAGGAAUAAUCAGAAUCGGGUUGACGAUAGGUAAUACGUCAUACAACAAAAACGGAGUGGGGUUGGAGACUGAAAUAGAUGAUAUCAAUUACGGAGAUAUAAAAAUUGGUACUCCUAGGCAACGUUUCACAGUCGUGUUUGAUACCGGAAGCAGUGAUCUUUGGGAAAAAAAUGCAUCUAUCAAAUACGGGACAGGUGCUCUCACAGGCAUUGUAAGCAUUGACACUUUCGAUGUUGGUGGAAUUACAAUAACCGAUCAGCACUUUAUAGAGGCUCGUUCUACUCCGGAAGGUGACCCGCUUCGAAAGUCAACCUUUGAUGGUAUACUGGGACUUGGGAGUCCUGAACUUUCUGUGACAAAAACUGUUCCUGUCUGGUAUUCGAUGAUGAAACAAGGAAAGAUUGAAAAGAAAAUUUUCUCCAUAUGGCUUGGGAGGUCUAGAGACUCUGGAGCAGGAGGGGAGAUAGUGCUCGGAGGCACAAACCGAGCUCAUUAUACGGGACAGCACACUUAUGUUACCGUUAUAGGGCAUAGACACUCUUUCCAAAUGAACAACAUAUUUGUCGGAAAAGCAGAUACCAAAAGAUGUUCAAGAGGCUGCAAAGUGUUUGUUGACUCGGGCACUACAAACAUUACUGGUCCAACGGCUAUGAUCAAGGACAUCAAUGAUAGAAUCAAACUAUCACCAGAUUGCAAAAACUUCAAGAAGCUGCCUGAUGUAACCUUUACAAUAGGCGGAAGGAGUUUCUCAGUCCGUCCACGUGAUUAUGUACGUCGGAAGAGUGAUAAUCUUUGCACAAGAUACUUGGCAUGCCGUUCAUUCGAGCCUUUCAUACGGUGUAUGACUACACGAAACCACCAAAUGUGA